UCCAUUCGGCUUCCCUUUCCCUCUAUCCUUCCACCAUCAGAUUUUUUCGCGUGACUUCUUGUUCCAUGGACAAUGGAGUCUGCUACAGAGAAUCCCUCGCCGACUCAGAUGAACGGCCUAGAUUCCCCGAUUAGUCCUCGGAUUUCUGAUCAUGAUCUCCUAUCCGAGCUCGAAUCUCUUCGCGAAUGCCACCGUAGCCUCCAAUCGAGAUCAUCGGCUAUGGAGGAAAACCUCGUACUCUUGAAGCACCAGAGAGAUGAAGCAGUAGAAAGGAGUGAUGAACUAGCCAAAGAGAUCGAUCAAAUCUCUCGCGAAAGAGACGCUCUUCGUGGUCAAAUCGAUGAGCGCGAACUCUCUGCCAAGGAAAAAGAGGACGAAUCCGCGAGAAGAAUGAGUGAUGAGAUGUCAAGAAAAGAGGAGUUUAACAGCGAGUUGGAUGCUUCAAGAGGGAGAACAGAACAAUUGGAGAAGGAACUAAAAGAAGCGAAAGGGAAGAAUGAUUUUCUUUUGGAAUGUACAGAAUCGGUACAGUUUGUGAAGCAUUGUUUGGUGAAGCUGAUUGAGGGCGUCGAUGAUGAUGGAAACGUGUUUGAUGGAGAAAAUAACGAGAGUUUUCAACCGGAAUUAGAUGAUUUGAGCGCAUUUUGGGAACAAUUGGAGGCAUUGAAACAGUUGGCUGGUGAGGCAGAGUCACAAGUGAAAGAGUAUAAGGAGAAAAGGAAGAAGGAGAAGAAAGAAUUGGAGAAUAGUGUGGUGAGCUUGACAGAAGAGAAUCGUGAUAUCAAUAGCUUGCUAAGGAUUGCCCUGGUAGAGAAGGAGGCAGUGGAGAGGAAGUUAAAGGGGAAUAGUGAACACAAGAGGGUGGCAUUGCUGCAGAUUGCAGAGCGAGGGUUGCAGAGAGUUGGAUUCGGGUUCAUGAUGGGAAGUGGGAGCAAUGAGCAACAGAUGGACAGUUCGUGGGCUAAUACUGCAGAAAAUAAAUCUGAUAGUGGGGAGAGUGAAGAGGAGGCUGCAAGUCUGGCCUCCACGGUUGAGAAAAUAAUGAAGAAUUUGCGGCUUGAAAUCACUCAACUAAGAAGAUCUCUGGAGGAAUCUAGGUCAGACACUGAGCGAUUACAAAGUCUUGUAGAGAAACAAGGUAAAGAUCUUGCUGAUAACACAAUGUAUGUUAAAGAGUUGGAAGGGAGAGAGAGGGUACUGGCUCAAAACGUUGAGGAACUCCUAAUGGAAAUAAAUGAAUCUGAAGCAGAGGUUGUUAGAUGGAGGGAAGCUUGUGAGUUGGAAGUUGAGGCUGGAAAAAAGGAGAUUGGCGAACGGGACAAAUUGGUAAAAAUUGACAUCCUGAAGCAAGAGCUGGAGAAAACAAAGGCUGCUUUGGAGAUUUCAAAUGGCAAGUUGAAUCUGAAAGAGGAACUUGCAGCUGCUGCAAUGGCUGCCCAGGCAGCAGCUGAGAGGUCUCUUCAGCUUGCUGACAGUAGGGUUGCUGGACUUCGUACUCGGAUUGAGGAGCUAACCAGACAAUCAGAAGAAGCAGAGAAUAGAGAGCGGAGCCGCUAUAAAGUGAGGCACAUGUGCUGGCCGUGGCGAUUUAUCAAAGUGAACCCGUCCAGUAAUGCAAGCUAUAGAAUUCGUAAUAUUAGGUGGAUGCUACCAGAAAUGCAAAGCUUGGUUCGCAAUAGCGGGUGACAAAUCAUCUUAGGAAUGUCUGCUUGAUAUGUGUGAGGAUGACACUCCAUUCUUCCUUUCCUGUUUCCUUUUUCAAUAUUUUCUUUUCCUUGUUUAUUUUUUAUCUGCUCUUCUUUACCUUUAUUUUUCAUGUCAACCAAUGCAAUUUCCAAAAAAUAACAAAUACCCUUCUUUUCUAUUU